AUGCUUCAUUGUAGGAAACCCGUUCAAGAGAAAGAGGCUCUCAAACUCCGCCAUGAGCUUCCACGGUCAAUCAAUCCUCAAAACACAGAGCCGAUUGACUUCCCAUCGACUCCUACGAGUCUUGAGCCAUACGAUUCAGAGGAUCUGCAUGAGAUCCCGCGAUAUCUGUCCUCUGAAACCCUCAAACGGAAACUUGUGGAUGAAUAUGUCGCUUACGUCCAUCCAAUCUGUCCAGUUGUAGAUGCAACGACGGUGCAAAAGGAGCCGAUAGGAUUCUUCAUCCAACAAGGCAAGGACAGGCUGAGCCCUUUGGUGUUUCUCUCUAUCCUGUACUCAGCCGUUCCUCAUAUAAGCAUCGAUUUUCUGAGAGCCGAAGGCUAUGAAUCUCGUGAGGAGCUGGGAGAAGCUAUUCGCGCUGAUUUCAAGUUAGCGCAAGACUGCGGUGUCAAACAUGACUGGAAAGCUCUCGUCCAUGCUUUCCUCCUCAUGGGCUCGUGGCACAGUCCUGGAACUCGGUCAGAAUCUUGGGAAUGGUGUGGCGCCGCGGCAAAUUUGCUCGAUAAACACUGUGACCUCGAAGAACGCGAGAAGCCAGGGUCUGACCAAACACAGUUCAGGCGACUGUGGUGGUCCUGCUUCGUUCGAGACCAGCUGAUAUCGUUAGCAUCACAACGUGGACCAAGUAUGAAGAUACAUCCCAAGAUUGCCAUGAUUUUAGAAAAAGACCUGAAGACUUCUGAUCUGGAAGAUCCGUCGAACGAGGCCUGUUGGACUGAGUAUGCGAAAGCCUGCGGCACUAGAAAUGGGACCCAGAAGCUCGCAACUUGUUUUGUGGAGUUCGCCAAACUUUCAGUCAUCCUCAAUCGAUAUAAUCGAGCGCAAACGACACAGAGCUGCAGGUACACCAUAGGAAGUCAGCCAGUCGACCCUGACAAGAUCUCAUCGGAGCGUGAAACAACUCUGACACAGCUGCUAUCUUGGUAUUGCAGACUGCAUGAUGAUGCAAGAUAUUCCCGAGUAUCCCGCAGUCAACUGUCCGGAGGUCCAGGCCGGCAGGACCGUGUUCUGCAAUUUCACCAGACUUUGCUGUUGAUCCCCUAUUAUUUGACCCUAGUCAGAGCAGAUGAUCACAGCAAAGGUCAACUGAGUGAUACGCCCAGAUCUCCGGCUGUAUCAAAUCGAUUGGACUAUGCACGUCGAGAAGUGGGCAAGCUUGUACAGGAUUUGAUUCACAACGGCGACUUGCGACAUGUGCCAACAGAUCUUAUUGAGAGUCUCCUGCCCUUUGCUACCACAAUUCUGCUGGAUAGCUCCCACACCACCGGGAUGAUUCACGACCCGAUGCAAAAUCGGGUUCAAGGAUUCAAGCAGGGCAUGGAAGUGAUGCGCGUUAUGAUGGCCCAGAAGAGACUUUGGGCAGGGUCGCAGGAUGAUCAUCGCAUUGCUCUGCUUGAAGCCAUCUGCAGGUUGUCUGUUGAGCUCGGUGGACGACCAGAGGAUUCGAGGACAGAGACACAAAGCCUAGUUGAGCGAUCUCCUGGUAAGAAUGGCCUGGCAGCUACUCUGGCUAUCUCAGCCCUGGAAAAUGAUAAAGAACAUUUACCAUUUUGGCCUUCGUCAUCAUGGGGUGAUAUGCUCGUGAGUACGACAUUGACCAACAUUGGGCUGAACUCUCAGCACUGUGAGCGUGCGUUGUCAAGUGAACAGCCUCAAGGGUCGCAUAGAGAUCGAGCAUGA